UAGGGCGGUAAGGGAGGGCUAUAGGAGGAGUGGGACUAUAUAACCCAGCAGAGUGUAGCCAUAAGUUUAAAAACACUUGAAGCAGUGACGACCAGAAGGUUAUCCCAGUAGGAGAUCCAGGGAACACACGCGCCACUUUUAAGGAAAAGAAACCAGCAAGACGGCAAGAUGACCCAGUCCGGCACCCCAGCAAUCGAGAGCAUUUUUGCCAACGACCCUUUCUUCAGCCACGAGAGGAUGGUCUUUCCCCUUGUGCGCCACCAGGCCCUCUCUGGUCUCCAGGAGGACUUCUUCCAGAGAAGGUCUAACCUUGCCAGUGAUCUACUCAAGGAGCUCCAUGACGGGCUCCCCAGAAUGCACGAGCUUCACGAGAGGGACCACCUCCGGAUGGGCUCCCCAUUCCUGGAGAGGAGGAUCGCAGCAGUUCCAGCGGUGGCCCAGAGUCAGAGCACUGAGGUGGUCGAAGCAGGAAAGAACCGCGGUCCCCUGGCACUCAGCCUCAACGCCCAGGGCUUCAACCCAGAAGACAUCACAGUCAAGCUGGAUGGACGGAGGCUAGCUGUGGUGGCCAUGAAACAGGCUAGAGGAGAAGAGGCCAAAUCAACCUCCUCCGCCACCUCAUCCUGCUCCUUCUCUUCCUCCUCAUCUCAACAGCAAGGUUUCGUUCAGAAGAUCGACCUGCCGGCCCACCUCGACCUGACGGCCCUGACCUGCUCUCUGGGAGAAGACGGAAUGCUACGGAUUGAGGCCCCUGCUGCCACCCAACAGUUGAAGGCUCCGGCCGAGGAGCAGGAGGUCCCCCUUCGCUUCAGAACCUCGCUGGACGUGCCCAUCACCAGGGGCGAGGCUGAAGGGUGCACAACAGAGAAGAGCGCAACAGCUUGAAUUAAAGAGACUGCCUUUAUGGUUUUCCAAACAUUUAAUUGUCCUAUCAAUCCAGUGGAUUACAAUGUGGAACUAAUUUAUACCAGACUUUGUUUUAAUAUUGUUUAAUAAAUAAAAUGAGAAAUUGAAA